AUGAAGCUCAACUCAGUUGUAGCAUGGCGGCCUCUUUUCAUCUUCAUCCUUCUAACAAUUGGAGUUUUGCUGCUUCCCAGUAUAGCAAUCACGUGGUGGUAUAAGGUCAUUCAACAUAUGAAAUUCAAGGUUGAUGAUAAUGCUCACACUUUUCGACUUGGAUUGCUUUCUAAAAUUGACAAUACUGCUAAAUUGCUGCAUCCAAUAAACUCAUCUGCAACAAAUUUGUCUAGAAUUCUCAGUUCAUCCCUCAAUGGAACUGAUCUCUCGCGGUUUGACAUCAAUCUUAAGGUAGCUCCAAUAUUAUUUCAAGCAUUUUCAACAAUUCCACACGUACUGCAAGUAUCAUAUAUUGGAUUAGAAGGCUCAUUAUUCGCUUAUUAUCGCGAUAACGAUAAGAUUUUUGCUAUGUAUUCUUCCAAGUCAAAUGAGUCUAUGAAAUACAUUUGGUAUAAGCAACUGGCAGACGAAGACACAGGAAAACUGUACGGAGAUGCCAUCGAAUGUCAGUUUUAUAUCAUGGUUAAUGCAAGUUGGAUUCAAGAAGCCUUAAAUAGCGCUAAUGGGUAUGCUUCAAUAGGAAAUCAAUGGAGCAGCGGUCAAGACCUUUUAUUCCUUAAUUCUUUUAGUAUACAUGGAAAAGGGGUUCUCUCUUUAGGGUUAUCAGUUAAAGAAUUGAUUAAUUUCUUUCAUGGUAUCGAUCUUUUGGAUGGGAGCUUGUUCUUGGCUACACAACGUGGAGAUGUGCUUAAAGAUGGUCUACCAGACACUCAAAUGGUGGUAACUGGAAAAUCAGUUUCUUUCAACUUAAAGAAAUCAAGUGGUGACCAAACAGAUAAUGUUGGAGUUGUUUCAUGCAUGGCUAACAGUAGCAUGCGAAGACCUUCCGUCUUGAGAAUUGGAGAAACAAAGUAUAGGAUUUACUGUUCUCCGCUCGAAAUUAUGGGAGUCCAAUCGGUAUAUGCAUUGGCUUUCCCAUACUAUGGAUUAAUGGCUGCCGUCCACAGGAGUACAAAAAUUGCUCUCAUUCUAUUGAUGGUAAUGAUCGUUGCAGUCUUCAUUUCUAUUCUUAGUUUUGUGUUGUUAAUGGUUAGGGCUGCAACUAGAGAGAUACACCUGUGUUCUGCAUUAAUAAAACAAAUGGAAGCAACUCAACAAGCAGAGAGGAAGAGUAUGAACAAAAGUCUUAUAUUUGCUAGCGCGAGCCACGAUAUUCGUGCUGCUCUAGCAGGCAUUACUGGGUUGAUACAGAUCAGCUAUGAAGAAGUGUCUCCAGGUUCUGAUUUAGAGAUGAAUUUACAACAAAUGGAUGACUGUGCAAAAGACCUAGUAGGUUUAUUGAACUCUAUUCUCGAUACAAGCAAAAUUGAAGCUGGAAAGAUGCAAGUCGAAUCGGAAGAAUUUGAUUUAGCCAACCUUAUUGAAGAUGCAGUUGAUUUGUUUCAUCCUGUUGGUAUGAGAAAAGGAGUAGAAGUUGUUUUGGAUCCAUGUGAUGGAUCUCUUACUAGAUUUUCUCGCGUAAAAGGUGAUAGGGGAAAGCUGAAGCAGGUUCUCUGUAAUUUACUUAGCAAUGCUGUUAAGUAUACUUCUGAAGGGCAUGUAACAGUUCGAGCAUGGGCACAAAAACCCAGUUUAGAGAAUAAGAUAAUUGCUUCUAAUAGGAGUGGUUCGUGGAAAUAUUGUUUUGGCUGGUUUACUGAGAACAAAGAAAGUAAUAAUGACGUAGAAGAAAUGAAUUCAGUGAAGAAAAAUCCAAACUGUUUAGAGUUUCUGUUUGAGGUAGACGAUACAGGUAAAGGAAUUCCUAAAGAGAAGCAAAAAUCAGUCUUUGAAAAUUUUGUUCAGGUUAAAGAAACAGCUUUUGGGCAAGAAGGCACCGGCUUAGGGCUUGGCAUUGUUCAGUCUUUGGUUCGUUUAAUGGGUGGAGAGAUAGCAAUUAUUGAUAAAGAGAAUAAUAAAAAGGGAACUUGCUUCAGGUUCAAUAUUUUUCUUAUUACAACAGCUGGGAGCACUUCUUUGGCUAGCAACACAAGGGGUGACAUUGAAAUAAGAAAUAUUUCCGUAUCUGACAGCACAAAUCAAGAUUUAGGGCUAACUGUUAGAGCUCUUGCUCCUAGCCUACCUAUCCGCAAUUCUAGUCCUCGAUUAUCCAUUCUCGGUUCUAGUCCCAGGAGUGAUGAAUCUCAUGUUGUUCUCUUGAUUCAAAAUGCAGAGAGGCAAAAGAUUGUGCAGAAAUUUAUGGAGAGGUUAGGGAUAAAAGUAUCAGCUGUAAAUAAAUGGAAAAGCCUUCAUUCUACUCUGACAAAGAUAAAACAGAAGCAGAAUGUUUCGCCUUACAGCUCUUCAGGAAAAUCAGAUUCUGGUUCGAGGAGUGAAAUUUCUAGCAGUAGACGGAAAGAUAUUCCUCUAAGUGCUCUGGAUGGGAUGGAACAAGGACUGCCUUCUAAUAGAAGUAGAAGCAUUAUUGUUAGAGGUGCUUCAAGCUUUAUAUUGCUUGUGAUAGAUGCUACUGCAGGACCAUUUCAACAACUCUUUGCAGCUGUAACUGAAUUUAAAAGAGGACUUCACCGAGCUUCUUGCAAAGUUGUUUGGUUAGAUAAGCCAACUAUGCGGAACAUAAACCCCGAAGGCCUUGAAGAUGAUGACAUUUUGCUAAAACCAUUUCAUGGCUCUCGCUUGUUUCGGGUAAUUAGACUUCUACCUGAAUUUGGGGGUAAUUUGCAAAAUGGGGUUUCAUCAGCUAAACCUGAGAAAGAACGUAGCAUUAGACGUGAAAAAGCUGUUGAAAAUCCUGCACCGUCAUCUGCAACGCAUUCACAUAGCCAAAAAGAAGCAGUGAUUCCCCUGUCUACUGGAAAAUCACCCUGCAAAGGGAACAUGGCUGCUGAAGGUAGCUCAAGGAGAGAGAAACACAAGAAAUCGAAGUAUUUAGUCGGAUCCUCAGAGAUAGAAGAAGAAUACAGUAACCAAAGCAGCAGCGACAAAGCCUUAUGUGGAUUAAGAUUCUUGGUUGCUGAAGAUAAUCCAUUCUUACGCAAGAUAGCCAUGACUAAUCUUUCGCGGCUUGGUGCAUCUGUUGAGCUCUGUCAAAAUGGAGAGGAAGCUGUGGAGCUAGUCAUUAUCGGUUUACAAGGCCAAAGGAGAAAUACAACUUACUCCAUGCCUCCAUAUGAUUAUAUAUUAAUGGACUGUGAGAUGCCAAUGAUGAACGGGUAUGAAGCAACGAGACAAAUAAGAAAGGAGGAGGCGUCUUAUGACAUUCAUAUUCCCAUUAUAGCAUUAACAGCACAUACUUCAGGUGAUGAAGGCAAGAAGGCUAAGGAUGCCGGAAUGGACUUUUGUCUGCACAAACCGCUAGAGAGGGAACCUUUGCUUGAAGCCAUUAGAUGCAUAAAUAACAAAUAAAGACAUCCUUUGGCGCAUAUUACUAUUAUAUCUGUUUUGUAUUCAUUCAUUCAUUUAUCUAUUUUUGCUUCUUUUUGCAUAUGCUAGCUAUAGGAGUAGUCUUUAGUUAAAAAACAUCUAUACACAGUAAUCUUUUGUAGAAGUUUUGUAGUAUAGCAUAUGCAACUAGUAUAUGCUACUUUAUGCAAGUUUUUCCCUCAAUUCAAGUCCAUUAAUUGAAUAGGUAAAACUUGCUGAUUUCUAGAAGGAU